AUGACCUCCAUUUCUUUGCUUGACUCGCUCAGCGAUGCCGACUUGAUAACCCCUCCAGAUGUCUCUGCAAGUGUCCUGAGAGAGGCUUUGAAGAACAUUAGUCUGGUGGUUGGGCCGGAGAAUGUUGAGCUCUACUCCAAGGAGACCAUGAAGCUUGACGAAGAAGCACAUUACUACAACCUUCCCAAAGAACAUGACAUGUUCUACGUGCUGGAGAAAGACGUCUUUCUUGCCAGUGCAGUGGUCCGGCCAGGCUCCACUGAGGAUGUCUGUGCCAUUGUCAAACUGGCUAACAAAUACCUGACACCACUAUGGCCGGUCUCCAUGGGUCGAAACCUUGGGUAUGGAGGUUCGGCACCACGUCUUCGCGGUAGCAUCAUUGUUGAUAUGGGGGCCCGCAUGAACAAAGUGCUGGAGGUCAGUGACCGAGACUGCACCUGCCUCCUGGAGCCUGGCGUUUCAUACUUCGCGCUCUACGAUUAUCUGCAGAAGAAUGGAUUCAAGCAUCUUUGGAUCGACAAUCCCGACCUUGGUGGUGGCUCGGUCGUCGGCAACGCUCUCGAUCGAGGUGCCGGCUACACACCCUACGGAGAGCAUUUUUCGAUGCAUUGUGGUAUGGAAGUUGUCUUGCCUACUGGUGAAGUAAUGCGCACGGGCAUGGGUGCGCUGCCAGGCAACAAUACCUGGCAGACUUUCCAGUACGGCUUUGGCCCCUACCCUGAUGGCAUCUUCACACAGUCCAACUAUGGUAUUGUCACCAAGAUGGGAUUUUGGCUCAUGCCGGACCCUGGUGGCUACCAAUCCUACCUAUUCUCUUUCCAGAAUGACACCGAUCUUCCCGCAAUUGUGGAAGCCAUUCGUGUUCUCCGGAUUGGCAUGGUCAUUCAGAAUGCACCAACAAUCCGGUCCACUCUCCUCGAUGCUGCUGUCCUCGCUCAGAAGUCUCAUUACACAGAUUCAAAUGACAUUCUGACUGAUAUGGAGAUUGACAAAAUCUCCAGGAAAAUAGGGGUUGGUCGGUGGAAUAUUUACGGUGCCAUGUAUGGACCUAAGCCAAUGCGCGACUUACAGUGGGAAGUGCUGAAGAAUACAUUUAUGCAAAUUCCUGGAGCAAGUUAUAUGUUUCCAGAGCCUUUGAAAGAAGGCGCUCAGAAGACAGUUCUUCACAUGCGGGAGGAAACCCUGAAGGGCAUGCCCAACACUUACGAGCUGGGAUGGCUGGACUGGACCUGCAAGCCGGGGUCAUUGCUGGGGUUUUCGCCAAUCUCACCCGCAACAGGCAUAGAUGCCAACAAGCAGUACCAGAUGGUCAAACAGAGGUUCCGGGAGUUCGGGUUCGACUAUCUCGGCACCUUUGUCGUGGGUUGGCGCGAACUUCACCAUAUCGUGUGCUUGACUUUUGAUAAGUCCGACCCUGAUUCUCGUCGACGCGCACAUCGGUGCAUUGAGCUCUUGAUUGACGAUGCAGCUGCCGAGGGCUACGGUGAAUACAGGACACACCUAUGCUUCAUGGACCAAAUUGCGAGCGUCUACAACUGGAACAACGGUGCCUCGCUCAAGUUCAACGAACAGCUCAAGGACAGCCUGGAUCCCAAUGGCAUCCUCGCUCCUGGGAAGAGUGGAGUGUGGCCGAAGAGACUACGCGGACGAGGCUUCGAGAUUCUGCGGACGCAGCCGUACGGGACGAAAACUGAUGGUAGCGCCUUGCAUUCGGGGUCCGAAGACGCCGACGUUGGAGAAAAAAUUAAAGACGCAAUCAACACAGGGACAUUGGGAGGACAGUUGUCCUUAAGACUUUAA